AUGCGGGUGCACCUGGGCGCGCUGGCCGGCGCGGCGGCGCUGACCGGGGCGCUCAGCUUCGUGCUUCUGGCGGCGGCCAUCGGCACCGACUUCUGGUACAUCAUCGACACCGAGCGCCUGGAGCGGGGCGGCCCGGAGGCGCGGGGCCCGGCGGGGGCCGCCAACCACAGCCAGCUCGAGCCUCUGAGCUCGCACUCCGGCCUCUGGCGGACCUGCCGGGUCCAGAGCCCUUGUGCGCCGCUGAUGAACCCCUUCUGGCAGGAGAACGUGACCGUCAGCGACUCGAGCCGACAACUUCUCACCAUGCAUGGGACGUUCGUGAUUCUGCUGCCGCUCAGCCUGAUCCUCAUGGUUUUCGGGGGCAUGACAGGCUUUCUGAGCUUCCUCCUGCGAGCCUCCUGCCUCCUCCUGCUCACGGGGACCCUCUUCCUCUUUGGAGCCCUGGUGACCCUCGCCGGCAUCAGCGUCUACAUCGCCUACUCGGCCGCUGCCUUCCAGGAGGCACUGUGUCUCCUGCAGGAGAAGACGCUGCUGGAUCAGGUGGACAUCCGCUUCGGCUGGUCCCUGGCCCUGGGCUGGGUCAGCUGUGUCGCCGAGCUGCUCACCGGGGCCACCUUCCUGGCGGCGGCCCGCGUGCUCAGCCUGAGACAGCGGCAGGACCAGGCCAUCUGA